UACCAAGCCUUGCCGCUCGUAGCGAUUAAUCGGGUAAACUUCUCCCUCGUGCUCUACCUGGCGCAACAUCUGUUGUGGAGAAAUUGUAGUUCUAGUUGAACUUAUUCAACAAUUUUGUUUCAGGGUUCAGUUAAUGUUUUUGUUCCUUUUAUGCGGUAUUGUAUUUGGUUUUUGGAGACGAUACAAUUAAAUUUGAGGGUGUUAUUGGCUCCGACACACGACCUGUCAAUAAAAACGGGGCAAAGGUAUCUCCAACUUCUGCACAGGAUGUUAGGCUGUCGACUGAUGCUGUUGUUCUGUCUACUUUACAUCGUUGUGCUUCCUUCCCAACAAUGUGGGGAGCUGCGUUUCGCCUUCUACUAUGGAGACCACAUGGUGCUGCAGAAGUCUCCGGAGAGAGCCGUUCUAUGGGGUUAUGGCCCCGAGGGCGAGCAGGUCACCAUCUAUUUGUCAGGGCCGAUAAAACACGAGAGCUCACCAGUCACUGUGACCAAAGGCAUCUGGCGAGUCACCCUCAACCCAGUGGAGGCUGGCGGUCCCUACAAUGUGACCGUGGCCCUUCACAACUGCUCGGCCACGCUGAUCGAUGUGCUGUUCGGGGAUGUUUGGCUUUGCGGCGGGCAGAGCAACAUGUACUUCACAACAUCAAAGAUUUUCAAUGCAUCAGAGGAACUCGCCCUUGCGGACAAGUACCCUCACGUGAGAACCUUUAUGACAGCCUUGAAUAUGAGUGAUACUGAGCUGACUGAUCUGACUGGAGUGGCACUUCCAUGGUCCGUGCCUGAAUCGAGUGGUCUGGCCGAGUUCUCUGCGGUGUGUUGGCUCUUUGGCCGUUACAUGUACGACAACUUAAAGUACCCCAUAGGACUGGUAGAGUCUUGCUGGGGGGGCACUCCCAUUGAGGCGUGGUCGUCUUCAAGUGCCCUUCAGAAAUGUGGACUGGAGAAGAACACCCAAAGUUCUAAAACUGCAAACUCUGUCCUGUGGAACGCGAUGAUCCACCCGCUGCUCAACAUGACACUGAAAGGGGCCAUCUGGUACCAAGGUGAACAAAAUUCACACUACCAUCAAGACGAGUACAUCUGUUCUUUCCCUGCUAUGAUUGAUGACUGGAGGAAAGCCUUUCAUCUGGGCUCAGAUGGGCAGACACCUCUGGACUUUCCCUUUGGAUUUGUCCAGCUGUGCACCAACAUAAAAGGCUCCACGGAUGACGGCUUCCCAAACAUCCGCUGGCACCAGACAGCCGACAGAGGCUCUGUGCCCAACCCUCGUCUGCAGAGGACCUUCAUGGCUGUGACUAUGGAUUUACCUGAUGACACUUCACCAUACGGCACCAUUCACCCUCGUGACAAGCAGGAUGUGGCUUACAGACUGACACUGGGGGCGAGGGCGGUGGCCUACAAUGACACGGACGUGGCCUUCCUUGGACCUUUCCCCCAAAAAAUCUUGUCCACGCCGAUGCAUGUCAACAUCACCUAUGACCAAAUAGUUUCUGUCACGCUGUCUGAAGACAUCUUUGAGAUCUGCUGCUCACAGCCGCAAGCUCAGUGCGGGCCUCAGUCCGUCUGGAUUCCAGUUCCCAUCACGCAUUGGGGUCCGACCACCAUCCAGAUAGCCGCCAACAUCUGCCAACCCUCUACUGUAGUAGCGGCUCUUCGCUAUGCAUGGAAAGACUGGCCUUGUGAAUUUAAAGCAUGUCCGGUCUACAGCGCAAACUCUGUAUUGCCUGCACCCCCUUUUAUUAUCAAUCGCUAUCAAGCUGAAGGAAGCUCCGCAGAAGUAAUGUGGCCCACAAAGGGGGACUUGUAGGCGAAAAUGUAUUUACUGAGUGGGUUAAUAAUUACAAGUAGCUUUUAGAAUAACUGGUUGCGUUGAUGUCUAUUGAUUAAAAGAAGUGCCUUAAAAUAAGUACAGUAUAGAUAUAACUGUUUAAUCAAUCAGUCCGAUAACUGAGUGAUUAUAAGUAGUUUAUAGAAAUGAUGCUUUAUUAAACUAUCACUUGGACAGUUUGGACACCCCUGCUUUAGGGUGAAUCGCCAACUAAUUUGGCACACAAGGGCCAAAUUUGUGCAAGAUUGGUUGAAAAAACAUGGCUGCCAUCAAACAAAACGUCUCUGCGGGGGGCAGGGGCGGGACUGCCCAGAAUUUCUACUAUUCAAUACUGUAUAAAGACAUGUCUUUCUUUUUAAUUAUUUGUAAUACACACAAUUUCCAUACAUACUUUUCACCAAUAGACCAAAAGAAUGUUGGAUGUGAGUGUGCUGCAUUCAAAGUCAACCUGGAGUACCAUAAGUGUAACUGAAUUAGAGGCAAAUCAUGUGAAAAUAUUUGGUCCCACAAAAAGAAAAUUCUAAUCGUA